CUCAAGGUAAGAUAGGUCUGAGUCUCUCUGUAUUCUCGAGGUAAGGUAGGUCUGAGGCUGUGUAUGCACUACCCUCCCACACAGGUAGGAUUGUAUUGGUAUGUUGUUGCAGAAGUAAUGCGGAAUGAAUGAAUAUAUUGGCACUCUGAGUAUGAGCUCAAUAAAUAAGACUCACAUCCCAAUGUUUCGUUCAGGCUCAGGAAAUAUCAAUAGCUACAACUACGGCCCAAUGAAAGGACAAAUAUUUCUAAAAAUUGCCAAAAACAGAGUGAGUCACCAAUUAAAGCUACCGCCGCUCAUUGAUACCUUCUGAUUAUAAGCAUCCAAAAUUUGCCUAUUUCUUUGAACGGAAGAAAUCAGACCCUCCCACUUUCAGCUUCAAGACAAAUCUUUUCGUUCCACCAUGCAGUAAUCAGUAAAUUCUGCAUUCAAAAAUGCAAAAUUCGAAUCGUUGUGCUUUCAGGGCCAGCCAGCAUGGAAAAAUCCACUGCGUAUUCGCAUCACUUAGCUGAAAGUUCAUCAAGGAAUGUUUAUGCAGAAGAAGCUAAUUACAGAAAUAAGGAGUUUGUGCGUGCUGAACAAGUUAAACUACUUGAUAAGAGAUUGAGAAUUCUUGAAGAUGAAGCAGAGAUUCUCAAGGUAGUUUUCUUGGAAGGUGCGGAAGAAAGAAGAAAGUUAGUAAAUGAAGUUCAAAACGAAUUUCAGGCUGCCUUCGGAUACCCAAAGCAUCAACGACAUGGACUCCUGCAAAUUCUACACGAAGAAUCAAACCCAGCAAUUGUCAUCAGAAAACUGAGAGCUUCAGAUGCUACUGAAUGUGUAUCUGAAUUCUCAGGUCGAUGGUUCCGCCUGAAGAUUUGAUGGCCUGGAAGUUGCAGUUUCUCCUCACGUGUGGUGCUGAUUUCUUUUUAUUCAGAUACCAAACACGUGAAAAUAUUAUUUUCACUUCUUAGGUGGUGGUGAUAGUUGAAACUCAAGAUUUUUUGGUAUGAUUUGAUGCCAUAUUGAACUGUGUAACUGUCUGUCUAAAAAGUUUAACUAUUAGAGAUAUCAUACUUUAUCUACUUAAUUA